AGUCCCCGUGUGGCAGCAGGUGCAGGUGGCCCUGCAGCAGUUGCACCACGCGCACCCAGGACUGCGGCAGCGGUUGCGCCAGGCCACCAUGACAGCUCAGCAGAACCUCAUGCGGCAAGCACACAAGGAGAGAGAGGAGCUGCUAGGGGCAGGAUGCGAGGCGUCGUUGCGGCGAAGAAAACUAGAAUCAGCAGCACAGAUGGCAGCUGCAGCUGAGGAGGUCACUUCCACGCUCCGACGAACACGGCACGUCAUGGAACAGGAGGUGCAACGUGGCGUGCACACAUUGGAGGAACUCGACACGUCAGCGGCAGUGCUGACAUCAGCAGCAUCUCAGUACUCCCUGCAGCACUCGCGGCUCUCCACGGCCCACCAGCUGCUGGCACUGCUGCAGCGAGGGGACGUGACGGACAGGCUCAUCAUCAUCGUCGGCUCUCUCUUCUUCUUCCUCGUCUGCUCCUUCAUCGUCGUCUCGCGCGUUCCCCUCCUCAACUCCCUCCUCCUCUCCUCCACUUCCCUCCUCCUCUCCACCACUCACUCGGUCCUCUCCCCCAUACUCUCUCUCGUCUCAUCCCUCCUCACACCUCUCGCAUCCUCCUUCCUUCCCACCCUCGCGUCUCUCUCCUCUUCCUCUCUUGCCCUCGCAUCCUCCUCCCUCUCCUCCCUCCACCACACACUCCAACCCCUCCUCUCGCCCCCACUGCCUCCCCUGCCUCCUCUCCCUCUGUCCGCGCCUUCUCCCAUGCCCUCACCCUUUCCCCCUUCCUCCCCCUCCCCACCCAUCACGACCACCACUAUUCCCUCCUCUUCGUCCCCCUCAUCUUUCCCCUCUCCUUCUCCCUCCUCCGCCUCCUCUCUCCCUUCUCUAAAACCAUCUCAACCGCACACGUCUUCUGAGGCGCCCCACACAUCAACCCAGCCACAGCUACAACAACAGUCGGAUGAAGAAAAGUUUGUUGCGCCAACAGAGUCGCUGUCGCUAGAAAUGGAGGAGGAAAGAGUGCAGCGAGCAAGGGAAGAGGGGCACGCAGAUGGUGAUAGAGAAGGGGUGGGGCAAGGCGGAGAGGAGGGAGGGGGCGGUGGACAGAAACAAGCAGAGGCAGGUGAAGCAGAGACAGGACAAGCAGCAAAAGGAGCAGCAGGAGAAGGGACGAGGGAAGGGGCAGGGGGAGAAGGGUUAGGAGCGAGAAGGGGAGUGGAGGGGAACGAGGAGGUAAUGAGGCAAGGGAGGGAGCACGAGCAGAAGCAGGAGCAAGGGAAGGUAGAAGAGCAAGAGGAAGUGGAGAGGAGGCAGCAGGAGGUGACACAAGAGGAGGUGGAGGAAAAGGUGACUUGGCAGGUGCAGGUGAAGCGGCUGAGGGCAGUGCAUCCAUUGCAGCUGCUGGUCGCCCAGUCCCCACACCUGAAGCACCUCCCCUUGCCACCCACCGCGCUGCUUACAGGCCUCCUAGGGAUUCACCUGUUGGGAAUUCACCUGGUGGGGAUUCACCUGCUGUGGAUUCACCUGCUUGGAUUACACCUGGUAGGGAUUUACCUGCUGGGAAUUCACCUGGUGAAGAUUCACCUGGUGAAGAUUCACCUGGUGAAGAUUCACCUGGUGAAGAUUCACCUGGUGGGGAUUCACCUGGUGGGGAUUCACGUGCUGCUGCACAUGUGA